UUCAUAUAGGCCUACAUAAUCUGGCAAUUUCUGUAUCUAUUGUAUAAUCUUGGCCAUUUCCAGCAAUGGUUAUAAUAAUAUCCAAAUAUUAAUAGGAAAGCACCAUGACUGCAUGUGUUAGCUAUUUAUAGAAAAAAAGAGAUAGCGAUGAUAAAUAAUAAAAACUGAUAAGUAACUGGCCAGUGAUUGAACAGUGUUUGGAAGCUAAAGUAAAAAUUACAGACAUUAUAAAAGCAUAGACACAAUAAAUUGAUCAUCUGUGAUUUUCAGCCAAUUUACGCAAAAUGUCAUUUUAGACCCAUUGUUUGUGGAAAAGUGUCUUAGCAGACUGUGGAUUGCGUUUGUAAAAUGAUCGUAACAAUAUAAAAAUUAAACAAGAACUCAGAGAAAGGGAUAUUUACGAAUUUUAUUAACAGUUUGUAAGUUACUCGGUCGGAUUUUAACAAAUGACCAAGAUGUUAUUGCUUUAAAUCUCUGAUAAGAUCAGCGCUUCAAACCCAACGCGUUGCUUCCCUUAUUACGUCACGACCCAAUGAGUGUUCUUAACCUCACGCGCAGUAGAACAAACAUCAUUAAUAACGGCACAUUUUGCAGUUUACUCGCUGAUCACAGUCAUGGCUGUCUUUCGAGUUGAGAAAGUUUUGCGAUUUAUUUUUGCGGUUAAAAGUGAAGAGAAUCCCAAGCAGAAACCUCCAAGUUUCAGCGGGAUUCCUCCUUUCUGCAGCGUUGCUGGAGAAGAAAAACCACCGGGGCCUUCUGUGGAUCCCGAGGUCUUCGUCACAGCAAAUAUGAGCGAGGACGAAGUCUUCCAGGAUGCCCUGUCUGAGGUCUUCGUCACAGCAAAUGUGAGUGAAGACGAAGACGACUUUGUGGAUGCAGUGUCAGAGGUCUUCGUCACAGCAAAUACGAGCGAGGACGAAGUCUUCCAGGAUGCCCUGUCUGAGUUCUUCGUCACAGCAAAUGUGAGUGAAGACGAAGACGACUUUGUGGAUGCAGUGUCAGAGGUCUUCGUCACAGCAAAUACGAGCGAGGACGAAGUCUUCCAGGAUGCCCUGUCUGAGUUCUUCGUCACAGCAAAUGUGAGUGAAGACGAAGACGACUUUGUGGAUGCAGUGUCAGAGGUCUUCGUCACAGAAAAUAUGAGUGAGGACGAGCAUGACUUUGAGGAUGUCCUGUCUGAGGUCUUUGUCACAGCACACACAAGCAUGGAAUCUCUGUACGACAAGGCGACGCGGUCUUCAGAUGACAUGUUUGUUACAGCAAAUGCAAGCAUGGAAUCUCUGUUUGACGAGGCAGAGAUGUCUUCAGAUGACAUGUUUGUUACAGCAAAUGCAAGCAUGGAAUCUCUGUUUGACGAGGCAGAGAUGUCUUCAGAUGACAUGUUUGUUACAGCAAACGCAAGAAGGAAAUCAGUGGAGCACAUAGAUUAUUUCGCCUCGCUACCGAAGUACGAGUACAUUUAUUCAAUUAAUGGCCUGCGACAAAAGUGGGCAGCUAAAAUGGCAGAAAGAAGCGGUUCUCAGCCUCCUACAACCGAUAAGGAACGUCCUGGCAAAAAGAAAAGGGGGGCAAAGGCCAUCAAGGCCUUCUUUAAGAAAAAUUGGAAGAAGCUGAAACACACCCUCUCAGAGAGCCCAAAGUGCGAGCCAAAUUUGCGGGUGGAACUGAAGGGGAACGAAAAAAUGUCGAAAAAAUAUCUGUAGUGCAGACGCAACACUGUUUAGUGUUGCCGUUUGUAAGUGUAUGCGUUUGUAAGCUUUUAGUAUUGCCGUUUGUUAAAAUAGGCGUUUGUUAGCGUUUAGAGUUGGCGAUUAGUGUUGCCGUUUUUUAGUGUAGGUGUUUGUUAGCUUUUAGUGUGGCCGUUUGUUAGCGUAGGCAUUUGUUAGCGUUGGCGUUUAGUGUUGCCGUUUUUUAGUGUAAGCGUUUGUUAGCUUUUAGUGUUGCCGUUUGUUAGUGUAGGCAUUUGUUAGCGUUUAGUGUUGCCGUUUAGUGUUGCCGUUUUUUAGUGUAGGCGUUUGUUAGCUUUUAGUGUUGCCGUUUGUUAGCGUAGGCAUUUGUUAGCGUUUAGUGUUGCCGUUUAGUGUUGCCAUUUUUUAGUGUUGGAGUUUGUUAUCAUUUAGUUUUGCCGUUUGUAAGUGUAUGCGUUUGGUAGCUUUUAGUAUUGCUGUUUGUUAAAAUAGGCGUUUGUUAGCGUUUAGAGUUGGCAUUUAGUGUUGCCGUUUUUUAGUGUAGGUGUUUCUUAGCUUUUAGUGUGGCCGUUUGUUAGCGUAGGCAUUUGUUAGCGUUUAGUGUUGGCAUUUAGUAUUGUUGUUUUUUAGUGUAGGCGUUUGUUAGCUUUCAGUUUUGUCGUUUGUUACAAUAGGCAUUUGUUAGCGUUUAGUGUUGCCGUUUUUUAGUGUAGGCGUUUGUUGGUAUUUAGUGUUUUGCCGUUUGUUAGCGUAGGUGUUUGUUAAAAUAAAAUAAAAUUUAUAUUCAUAUCAUAUUUAAGUGAGUAAGUAAAAAUUACAAUGUUGAUAAGUAACGUUUUAGCUCCUUAAAAUAAAGUAUGACAAGAUGACAAAAUAUUAAAAAAAAACUUUUCCCAGGAAAACAGAUCAUGCGAGGAAAAUAAAGCAUUAAAGAGAGUUAGAAAAUAUGACUAAUGUGUCCAGAAACCAUUUCAAAGCAGCAAUCAAGAAAUUUACCGAUGACUUUAACCCUCAAACCUUUUUUAUCCCUUUUUGUGCAAAAAGUGCCCACUAUAAUGAGCAGACAUUUUACACUCUUUCAUGAACGUCACGCACACACCACGACCAAAAAUGUGCAAAUCAUUGACACAUAGGCUAACGUUUCUGAUAGUACGACAUAACAAAAAAUGAACAGCAGCAACAAUAAUACUGGACAGAAUGAUGCUGGACUGAAGUAUAAUUCCAUAUUCAGUUUGAUUUGUAUUAAAACUGUGCUCUGAUUUCAGUUGCAGUUAUAUUUACAAAGAGUCUUCGAGUCAUUUCUCACUACAUGUGUAAUCCACGUUGUGAGAUACUCUCCUACUUAUUAGCGUGUAAAUUAUAUUCAGGCCACUUUGGCAUUGCGAUCGCUAAAAUACACACACAGCUGCAUGUUCAAACUCUGUGUCCUUUACGUGCUAAACCCGUCACUCACGAUUCAUCACAUCUCAUAAACGACGGCAGAUUGAUUGACAGGUCUCCCUAUUCCAGAUAUGAUUGGUUAAACUGAACUAUUAAGGCCUGGGUUAAGGAGAAAUGUGUUGAUGAGUGCACUACACAUUAUUUUCGAACGUA